AGUUUUGUCACUCUCUUCCUCGUGAGCCACAGAGAACGGCGUUCACUUUUUCUACUCUCGCACGAGCUGACUCGUUUUUAGCAACGCCUUCAUUGGAAGAGGUGUUGCUAGGGGGCUACGUCCCGCCUUUUUCGACGAACCAAAGAAGAGGAAACAACUCUAUUCAGCCCUACCAUCCGCCGCCCCCCCCCCCGCCUUUCCGUGUGCCUGUCUGUCUGGCAGGCGGCUCCGCCAAGUGUAAUCCACGCCAUCGCGGAGUUCUGGGGGGCAAGCACGGAGCAGAUAGGAGAUUUCGUCUCGGUCAAUGUGGAAGCCGAACUCCGCGCUGUCAGGAUCGUUUACUAAAGGCAGCAAUGGAACGAUUUGAUGUAAAGCCACUUCCUUCCCGGAGCCGUUCAAAGACAGCUUUAUAUGUGACCCCUCAGGAUCGUGUGACUGAAUUUGGCAGUGAACUGUAUGAAGACGGGGGAAAACUCUAUUGCAGUUUUUGCAAUGUAGUCCUGAAUCAUGUUCGCAAGUCUGCAAUCAAUGAUCAUCUCAAAUCCAAAACACACACCAAACGUAAGGGAGAGUUUGAAGAGCAAAGUGUCAGAAAGAAACCACGGACCCUGACUGCCUCUCUGCAGUGCAAUAGCACAACCCAGACAGAGAAACCCAGUGUAGUCCAGGACUUUGUAAAAAUGUUUCUGGAAGCUAACAUUCCCCUUGAGAAGGCUGAUCACCCCGCCGUACGAGCAUUUCUCUCUCGCCAUGUAAAGAAUGGGAACUCCAUACCCAAGGCUGACCAGCUGAGGAAAAUGUAUUUGUCUGAUGGGUUUACAAAUCAGCUUAUUAAAUCUGAAGAACACUGAGAGGAAAGCCACUUGGUUCUAGGUGUCAAGCGUUACGAUUGCAUAACAGUGGUGUGGUUUUAUUUUUAUAUUCAUGCACCUGCAAUAGGUUUUGUAUUGUAAAAUGACAAUCUGUCUCGGAAUGCGGUGGUGUACAACCAAGAGUUAAUGGCUACAUAAUAAGAUCUUAGCACUAGAUUGCUGAACUUUUGGGG